AUGGAUUACAGCAAAUGGUUAUUUGCUUGUUUGUUGUGGACAUUGCUAAACCAAAGUCACCUCGUGAGUGAGUCUUGCUUCAAUGGAACUUUCAAGAUGAAUGUUGUUUUAUUGGAUGACGACGUGUCGCCUUGGAGUAUCAAUUUUGUGAAGCCUGCAGUGAUGAGAGCCAUUGAAUAUGAUUCUUCUAUCAACUUUAAUGAUGGUGUGGGUCACAAUUUAUCAGUUAACUUCAAAGGGUUUCAAACCAUUUAUUACUUGCGAAAAGGAUGCACCAGUAGCACCUGCGAGGGGGUUGAAAUUCUGAAUAAUCUUGAGAAAGCAGGGGAGGUGAGAUGUGCUCUUUUGGGACCAACCUGCACUUAUGCCACUUUUCAAAUGGUUGAUCUGGAGAUUGGCCUGAACCUCAACAUGCCCAUCAUCUCAGCGGGAAGCUUUGGACUGUCUUGUGACUUCAAGAAAGAUCUGACUCGCCUUUUGCCUCCAGCACGAAAAAUCUCUAGCUUCUUUGUUCACUUUUGGAAGUUCAGUGAUAAUAUCAAGCCUGCAUGGAAAACAGUGUAUAUAUACAAGAAACAGAAUAACACAGAGGACUGUUUCUGGUACAUAAAUGCUCUUGAGGUUGAUUCAGCCCACUUUUCAUCCAGUUUAGAGAAACGAGUGGUUCUGCGAAAAGAGGAAGAGCUCAGUGUGGCUUUAGCAAGCAAAGACCGAGACAGUAACUUGUUCAUUAUAUGUGGAACACCUGAUGACAUAAUGGAUCUGAAGAAUGGCACUAUGGAUUCUGAUAAUGAAAUUGUUUUUCUUCUGAUUGACCUUUACAAUGACCGGUAUUACAAUGGGUCAUCUAACGCUGCUAUGAAGAAUGUCCUGGUGCUAACAAUGCCAAACACAAGAAAUUACACCAUUGAUACUUCUGGUAACAACUCGAUGAAUGAUUAUAUUGCAGCGUAUCAUGAUGCCGUGCUGCUGCUUGGGCAGGUGAUGAGGAGGAUCUGGAACAUGGCCUCUUCAGAACUUCAUGUUAUGGAAAGCGUCAGCAUCAACUACUUCAGAAAUGUGUCAUUCAAAGGUAUAGGUGGGGAUUAUGAGCUGGAUGAAUAUGGUGACAGGGAUCUGAUAUUUUCUUUGAUCUACACAAACAAUGAAAAUGAGUACAAAGUUCUUUACGAGUUCAACACUACCACCAACCAUACUCAAACAGUGGACAGCAGUCCUUCCUUUAUUUGGCCUCAACUCUGUCUACCUGAAGACCGUCCAUCAAUAGAUUCCAAAGGCAUACAAGUCCACAAUACGAUUGUCAUAGCAUUGGGUACUGCAGUUGUGGGAGUGAUGGCUACACUUGCCUUCAUCUUUUACUGGCAAAACAGAUCUUAUCGUCACAUGCAGAAAAGAUGGUCUCACAUCUCCUCAGAGCUCAUUAUGCCUUUAGAGUUGAAUGAGCGCAAUAUGAUCUGUCUGAAGAUUGAGGAAGACACUAAAACAAGUUACAACUUGCGUCGUGCUCGUUAUGAUAAAAAGAUUGUGAUCCUUAAGGAGUUGAUGCACACAGAUGGCAGCUUCUCCGAGAAACAGAGGAUCGAGCUCAAUGCGCUCUUGAAAAUUGAUUAUUACAACCUGACAAAAUUCUAUGGGACAGUCAAGUUUGACAACAAAGUUUUUGGAGUGUUCGAGUAUGGAGAAAGGGGAUCCCUCAGAAAUGUGCUUGAUGAUAAGAUUUCAUACCCAGAAGAGACCUUCAUGGACUGGCAGUAUAAGAUUUCUGUCAUGUAUGACAUUGCCAAUGGCAUGUCUUAUCUCCAUGCAAGCAACAUUGCAGUCCAUGGGCGACUUAAAUCCACUAACUGUGUGGUUGACAACCGUAUGGUAGUGAAGAUUGCAGACUUUGGCUUUAAUACAAUUAUCAGUCCCACUAAAGAUCUGUGGACAGCACCUGAGCACUUGCGGAAACCAGGGAUCUCUCAGAAAGGGGAUGUCUACAGCUUUGCCAUAAUUUCCCAGGAGAUCAUGAUGAGGAAGUGCACAUUCUACACACACACCUGCUCUGAUCGUGCUGAGAAGCUGGCCAGAGUGCAAUACCCUAGUCUGACCCCUUUCUUCAGACCUGAUCUAAACUUUGAGAAUGCAGGCGAUAAAGAACGGGAGGUGUGCAUGCUAAUCAGAAAUUGUUGGGACGAGGACCCAGAUAGAAGACCAGACUUCAAAAAGAUAGAAAUCACUCUACGGAAGAUUGUCAGUCUGGACAACCAGGAAAAUGAGAGCUACAUGGAGAACCUGAUUCGCCGGCUGCAGAUGUAUUCCUGUAACCUGGAGCGACUGGUUGAGGAACGCACCGCUCUGUACAAGGCUGAACGAGACCGAGCAGACUACCUAAACUUCAUGCUUCUGCCUGGACCAGUUGUGCGCUCUCUAAAGGAAACAGGAAAAGUGGAGCCUGAGCUCUUUGACGAGGUCACCAUCUACUUCAGUGACAUUGUGGGCUUCACCUCACUGUGCCACUACAGCACUCCCAUGGAGGUGGUGGACAUGCUCAAUGACAUCUACAAAAACUUUGACAGCAUCCUUGACAAUCAUGAUGUCUACAAGGUGGAGACGAUUGGUGAUGCAUACAUGGUGGUGUCUGGUCUGCCUCGGCGGAAUGGAAACAGGCAUGCAAUGGACAUCUGCCACAUGGCACUGGAUAUCCUGGCCUUCAUGGGCACAUUUCAGUUACGCCAUCUGCCUGGCCUGCCCGUGUGGAUCCGCAUCGGUGUGCACUCAGGGCCCUGUGCUGCUGGGGUAGUGGGAAUUAAGAUGCCCAGAUACUGUCUGUUUGGAGACACUGUGAACACGGCGUCUCGCAUGGAGUCCACAGGUCUACCCUUACGAAUCCAUGUAAGUCAGUCAACUAUCAGCAUUCUCCAGCGGACAGACUGCAAAUUUGAGUAUGAAAAGAGAGGAGAAACAUACUUAAAGGGUAAAGGAAAAGAGACAACAUACUGGUUGACGGGAGUUACGGGGCAGGAUUAUAAUUUGCCAACACCACCAGCAGCAGAAAACUUCCAGCAUCUGCAGCAGGACCUGGCUCAAAUGAUUAAGACUUGCCUGGAGAAGCGUCCUACCAGCAUUAGGAAGCGGAAGACCUUAUCGACACGCCACAAGGUGCUCAUGGUAGAAGCAGAGGAGUUCAUAGAGCAGCCAGAGUAUCUCCACCUGGCCAUUGGUGACUGCCUAAGCACAUAUUUGUAAACCCAACCCUGAACAUAACACACUGCCAUAUGAGUGUAAGGCCAAACCAAACUGGACUUCAGUGUAAAAUACAGCAAAAUGUAAAUACUGUACAUUAUAAAAUGGAUAGUUCUGACCCUGAAUUGUGAUUGGAUGAGCCGUGUUCGAAGCCGUAAAACAGUCAACAAUUAGAAAAAUGAACCAUAUAACUGGUCAGAUGAAUUGUUUAUUCAGAUUAUUAUUAAUAAUAAAUGCUUAUUAAAGCUUAUUAAAGAUAGCUGUCUUGUAGAAUAUUGCUGUUGCCACUGUUUUAAGAAAGCAAUAAGCCACUCGAGUCCAUGUGUUACAGUGAUUUUACCAUAGGCAAGGAGAGUUUAGGCACUCUGCUGCAUUUCUGAAGUGUUUUAGAGUUUAGGUUCAAUAUUUCACUCUCCCCAAAGUUUUAAUUGUAAUUUUUUUUUUAAUGUUAAAUACUUAUAGGGGGCCUGGGUAGCUCAGCAAGUAAAGACGCUGACUACCACACUUGGAGUCGCAAGUUCGAAUCCAGGGUGUGCUGAGUGACUUCAGUCAGGCUUCCUAAGCAACCAAUUGGCCAGGUUGCUAGGGUGGGUAGAGUCACGUUGGGUUAACCUCUUCAUGGUCGCUAUAAUGUGGUCCUCGCUCUCGGUGGGGCACGUGGUGAGUUGUGUGUGGAUGCCGCAGAGAAUAGUGUGAAGUCUCCACAAGCACUAGGUCUCCGCGGUAACACACUCAACAAGCCACACAAUAAGAUGUGUGAAUUGACGGUCUCAGAUGCGGAGGCAACUGAGAUUCAUCCUCCGCCACCUGGAUUGACGCAAGUCACUAUGCCACCACAAGGACUUGAAGCGCAUUGGGAAUUGGACAUUCCAAAUUGUGGAGAAAAUAAGUUACAUACUUAAACAGAAACAACUUAACCAUUCGUAGGUUGAUUUCCCUGAAAAGUGCAAACACUGUGGCUUUGUGAUGCUUUCAGCAAUGCUCUGUUUGUUUGAGUGAUCCAACAUGACAACAGUUUAAGUUUGGGGCUGGAAUACAUGUUUGUCAUUUUCCCAAUUCUGUUACACACUUCAACAUUGCAAUUGCAUUAACAAUACCUUUAACCAUGUUGUUAUAUUAUUAAUUGUACUUGACUGGUAUUCAAACUAUUUUUAAGUGACAUACAGUUAAAUGUAAUUGUAAUAUGCAGACAGUAAUGCAAUAGUCAAUAAUAUAAUAAACAUAAUUAACACUUCACAGACACUGCACAUUUAUUAUUUUUUUUUUUGAAAAAGAAACUCUAAACUUUAUUUGAAUUAUUUUUAUAUCUAUUUACACAAAAAUGCUGCUUGAACAUCUAAUUCAACAUUUUCCAUAUGACUGUUUUCUCUGCUGAAAAGAUUGAGCAAAAUUCACUUGGCUGAAAAGACUAAGACAUCAAUCCAAAUUUCUUUGGCAUACAUACAUACACUACUAAUGAUCCAUGCUUUAAAAGCUAACCAAAACUCAACACAUCCAGUGUCUUGUAACCUUUGUUGUGAAUUAUGCCAUGUACAUAUCAAUAAAAGUGUACAACUGAUUAUACAUUACAUCUAAAGCACAUGUAUAUAAAUAAACAAGUAACAGUAAGCUUGUUUUUUACCCUUCAAAACAUGAUAAAAUAAAUAAACAAUAAAAAAAAAAAAAGCCACAAAAUAUCCCAUAUUUAAUAGAUAAACAAAAAAGAUAUGUGAGCUCAGAAUACAAAUAUAUGGUAGAGUCUAGCUUACUGGUUCUUUCAGCAACCUCAGAAACUUUAUUUGGCUAAGUGUGGUUUUAAUAUAUCAUACCAGCACUAAUUUACCAGUUAGACAGUCAUAACAAACUGCCUAUAAAUAGAAGAAUUAUCAAGAACACAAAACAUAGGGAAAAACAUUAUAUAUAUAAAUAAAAACACACAAUUUCAGCCAACAAAGCUGAAUGACCACAUUUUGAGGACUAUGCUUUUGGAUAUUAUCUUUUGCAGACUAGAAAAAAUAUUACAGAAAACUAACAAACCAAUGCAUAAAGCAAAAAUACAGUAAUGGCAUCUUGGACAGUAAUUUAUCAAUAUACAUUUGUGUCAGUGUACAGACUAAAAUUCAACAUAAACCAAAACAUAAUCUGUGCCCUGACAAGAAACAUGAUCUGACAUUUAUUAAACUGAAAUAAAUACAGAAAGAUCAUGUUAUAGUUUAGGAUCACUCUCAAAGUGUGGUACAGUAUGUACAGUAGAACCACACACAAAAAAAAACAAGGCCAUAAAUAUAAUUUGCAAUUGAAUAUAAACAUUCAAAACUAAAAUACAUUUCUGAAAUAUAAAGCAGAGUGAAUAGAUUUGUUUAACAAACCAGUCCCACUGUAAAGAUAGUGUAAAUAGUGUACUGCAGUGACAAACUGAUAAAAUUGUGCGUCACAUCAAGCCUUUGCUCUACAUUUGUAUCAUCUAUACACGGAUUUUAUGAAAUCUCCUCACUGUUCCACAUAAUUCACUGUGCUCUGUCUAGACACAAGGAGUAUAGUUAUGCUCACAGUUCCAGAACAUGGUGGCAUUGCAGCUGAUAUGAACAGAAUAAGUAUUGACUGACCCGGUAACGCACUGACCCACUGCAACAAAAUUGUUUUCAA